GAGAAAUCUCUCUCUCUCUCUCUCUCUCUCUCUCUCUCUCGGGGUCAUGGAUUGACCAAAUCCAACGAUCAUAAUAACCAUUUUAUCCUCGUCUAACCGUACAACCGAUCCGAAAUCCAACGGCUACUGCCUCUCGGGAACACCGCACUCCCAGUAUCCACUCGGACUCCUCUUAUCUAUUUUUAUCGGGAUCUUUUUUCGAUUGCCUUCAUCCAUUAUUUACCAAAACAACGCCUCCAAUCUCCAUAAAUUCCUUAGACUCUCUCUCUCUCUCUCGAAUUACGAUGGGUUUGAGCCUCGUUUCGUUCAUGGAGUCCUUCCUCCGCCUCUCCUUCAUCGCCGCCGGGCUCCGCCUCCGCACCGUCGCCAUCGACGCCGACACCACCCUCCGCUGCUGGAUCUCAAACUCGCUCCCCAUCUCUUCUUCCAAUUCUGGACCUGACAGGCGUCGCCUCAAGCCCCUGCUCGUCCUCAUCCACGGCUUCGGACCCAGCGCUACGUGGCAGUGGCGCCACCAGGUCCGGCCCCUUUCCCGCCACUUCGACCUCGUCAUCCCCGACCUCCUCUUCUUCGGCGGCUCCACCACCCGCUCCCCCCACCGCUCCGAGGCCUUCCAGGCCGCCUCCCUCGCCCGCCUCCUCGACGCCCUCCGCCUCUCCAAGAUCUCCGUGGUCGGGACCAGCUACGGUGGCUUCGUGGCAUACCACCUGGCCCGGGCACUCGGGCUGGAGCGGGUCGAGCGGGUGGUGAUCGCCAGCUCCGACGUGCUCAAGUCCGCCGGCGACGAUAAGGGCCUGGCGGAGCGGGCCGGCGUGGAGAACGUCCAGGACCUGAUGCUCCCCCGGACCGCCGCGAAUCUCCGCGCGCUCAUCGGCCUCGCCGUCCACCGGCCGCCGCGGUUCAUGCCGGAAUUCGUUCUCCGCGACGUCGUAAGGAAUCUCUACAACCAGAACGUAGAAGAAAAGAAGGAACUUAUGAGGGCAGUUACUCUCGGUAACAGAGAUGAGUUCCAGCUGACUCCUCUCCCUCAGGAUGUUCUGAUCAUAUGGGGAGAGUAUGAUCGUAUUUUUCCAUUGGAGAAGGCGUACGAGAUCAAGAAGCGUUUGGGAGAGAAGGCUAGAUUAGAAAUUAUGAAGGACACAGCCCACGUACCGCAGGGGGAGGACCCAGAAAAGUUCAACGAGAUCCUCCUAAACUUCUUACUUGGUGCUCCUAGAUCUGCAAUGUGAAUUUUGGCUUCUUACUUGGUGCUCCUAAAGCUCUUUUCAAUCUGCAAAAAAGGCCGGGUGGUAUUCUUAGCUCCCUUCUACUCAAAAAAAAAAAAAAGGAAAAAGAAAAGAAAAAAAAAGAGUUUUGGCUUAUGAUGCUUCAGAGCUUCCAUGGAUGGAUUUGUGGGACGAGGAUAAUUAUUGGACUUGGUCCAGCCUAUGUGUCUGAGGCAUAGUGAUUUAAGCUUUCUUAUUUGGAAUGUUUGGAGGGAUGAGACUUAUUCCAUGGAAUAAGAAUUUAGUGCAUUUAAUUGGAGGGAUAAGUGAAUGUGAUAGGUGCAUAUAUUUAAGAAUUUUUGGCGUACAUAUCCUCCUAAAUAUUGAGAUUUGUAUAAAUAUUCUUCCAGAAUUGAUAUUUGCACGUAAGCCCUUAUGAAACAUUUAUUUUGAGCAUA